CUCGCACGCGACACCGCAGUGCACGCCGAGAUACAGCCUGGUGCGCACCUCCUGCGCUAUCGCCGGGUGAACCGUCGUGUGCACGAACGUGUGUGUGCGGCUGAAGCUGUUUUCUCCCGGUCGAAACAUAGGAGCGACUGUCGGGUGGUGCAGCUGAGAGGCUUUUUCAAUUCGUUGCUCAGCCAAGCCGCACAUCACCCAUAGCAGCAGCAGCAGCAGCAGCAGCAGCAGCAGCAGCAACAUCAGCGGCUGCAGCUCCACAGUCAAACCCCGAGAAUAUACGUCUGCAAGAAGAUGGCCUCGUCGAACAUGCCCUCCUCCAUCGGCGCGGCCCCGAACGACGAGUCCUUCCCAGCUCUGUCAGCCUCGUCCCCAGGAGUCGGUGGCGCGGACAUGCCCAACGUCCAGGACGUGAUCUCUUCUCUGCAAAACUUCGGCUGGCCGGACUACUCCAUCUUCGUGUCGAUGCUGCUGGCCUGCUGCGGCAUCGGCGUCUACUUCGGCUUCGUCAAGAAGUCCCACGGAGAAGACGAGUACCUGGUCGGAGGCAGGAACAUGAAGACCAUACCCGUCAGCAUGAGUCUCGUCGCGAGCUUCAUUUCGGGAAUUUCCCUCCUUGGAACACCUACGGAGAUCUACGUUUACGGGACGAGCUAUUUCUGCAUUGGCUUUGGGGUCAUCAUGGUUGGCUUCAUCAUGUCGAAUGUCUACCUGCCGGUCUUCCACGAUCUCAAGCUGACCAGCACGUACGAGUACCUGGAGAGGAGGUUCGACAAGAAGAUUAGGAUCCUCGGCUCUCUUCUCUUCGCCAUUGGAAUCAUAACCUGGUUGCCAAUCGUCAUCUACGUCCCGGCGCUCGCCUUCAAUCAAGUUACCGGAGUGAACAUCCAUGUAGUGACGCCGUUCGUCUGCGUCGUCUGCAUCUUCUACACUUGUGUGGGUGGACUGCGCGCAGUGGUAUGGACCGAUUUCGUUCAGACUUUCAUAAUGUUCGGGGCGAUGCUUCUGAUCGUAAUAAAAGGCACCUCGGAUCUCGGCGGUCUGUCCGUCGUUAUGCGUCGCAAUUUCGACUCCGGCCGAAUCGAGAUUCCCACUGCCGACUGGAGUCCGCUGACGCGUCAUACCAUCUGGUCGCUGGUGAUCGGCGGCUGCGUGCACUGGCUGCAAAUAUCCGCCAUCAACCAGAACAUGAUACAGCGCUACCUCUCGCUGCCCACCGUCGCCCACGCCAGAAGAGCGCUCUGGACCUUCAUAGUCGGCGUCCUUAUACUCAUCGGCAUCUGCGGAUACGCGGGUAUGCUCGUCUACGCCUGGUACCACGAGUGCGACCCUCUUACCACCAAGCUCGCGAGUGCCAAGGACCAGCUUCUGCCGCUGCUGAUGAUGAACAUCCUCGGUGACCUGCCAGGACUGCCGGGACUCUUUGUCGCGGGUGUUUUCAGCGCUGCGCUCAGCUCUCUGUCGACGGGUCUGAACUCCAUGGCUGCAGUGGUGCUCGAGGACUUCCUCAAGCCUUUCCGCAAGACAGACUUCAGCCCUAAAACCACCGAAAUCCUCAUGAAGCUCACCGUCCUCGUCCUCGGUGUCAUCUGCACUGGCCUAGUCUUCGUCGUCGAGAAGACCGGUACUCACGUACUGCAGCUGACCACGAGUCUGAGCGCGAUCACCAGUGGGCCUUCGCUCGGCAUCUUCAGUAUGGGUAUACUGGUGCCUUGGAUCAAUGCCAACGGUGCACUCGUCGGAGGGCUUUCCGGACUUGCGUUCAUGGGAUGGAUCAGUCUGUCGGCCGAAGCUGCCAUAGCCAAUGGAAGGAUUAGGUUUGAUGAGAAGCCGGUGAGUACCGAGGGCUGCACCUACAGCUUCCAACAUGCGGAAAAUCUUCUGCUGAUGCUGUCGCCUGAGACUCUUCUGAACGACCCCGAAGAAGGCGAGCCAUGGGCAGUCUACCGGCUUAGCUACUUGUGGUACACGGUCGCGGGUACCUUGGUCACCAUGAGCAUCGGCCUCGUCGUCAGUAUAAUCUCCUCCGAAAAUAUAGACAAGCUUGAUCCAGCUCUCGUCGCACCGUUUAUCCGCAAGUAUCUCAGUCGACCACAUCAGCAACAGUCGCCGCAGCUUCUCCGAGUCAAGGUGCCGGCUUCUAAUGCGGAUAAGGCUGGGAACGAGACGUCGGAGCAUGCUUCGGCUUUGUAGCGAGAAAGAGGCAAGAGCUGAUGUGAUGCUGAUGCGGUGUGUUAGUCCAAAAUUACCUAAUGUUCCUUUAUUUUCGUGCCAUAACGAACGAAUCUGUCAUAUUAUAAGUGCGCGUUUACUAUGGUUUUAUGGUAUUAGUACUAUGGUUUUUACAAAGAUGCGAAGAGAGUGAUUGUUCUAAGGGGGGAUUAUUCGAACGAUAUUAAUGUUUUUUACUCAUUAAAAUUAGAUUUAUUAGAAUAACAAGAGAUUUCAUUUUAAACAUAUACUUCAGUACGUAUAUUUAUAAUAAUGUUGAUAUAAUUAACGCACGAUCAUACAUGAUAUAGAUAUUAAAAAUAUAUAGUUUGUAUAUCUAUUGUUGAACCAUCUUUUUUGUGUGCUUAAUGAGGAUAUGGAUAUACGUAUUUUGUCUGUUUUUGUUUUUUUUCUUUGUUUUUGCAUAAGUGUAAGAAUCAUCGUUAUUAUUGCAAUUGACAUUUUGCCCCUUUCCACAGGAUAUGUACGUAGAGUAUAUAUAUUUACCUAUAUGUAUAAAUAUCGCGACAAUAAUAUGUUACACAUGUAAAAAAUAUUGCUCUGUUAUUAUUAUUAAUUAAAUAUACAACAAAGGCACUUGUGUUUAUCGGUGCCUAACGAACUAA